UUGCGAGAUCUCAUAAAUAUCCAAACCAAAGAAACGCACAUGUCUUUUCAACGUGAUUGUAGGCCUGCUGUGAGAGCCACAUUUGAUUGGUCCACUUUAAGUCACGCGGAUCGUCCCCAAAUUCCUCUUCAUCCGUUGAUAAAAACAAUCCGACGCUCCAGAUUUACCCCCUUUUUUCAUCUCAUCCCGAUUCUACUCUCCUACUUAAACCAACAGCACCGCCCCCGCUAACUUGACACGCACCUCUUCUCACUCUACAUUCACUCACAUUUUCUUCUUCGAUUUUAUCGAUUACUUAGCAGCUCGAAGAAAUGGAAGCUGGCGGUAAAUUGAAGAAGGGAGCCGGUGGCCGCAAGGGCGGCGGUCCCAAGAAGAAGGCGGUCUCCCGAUCCGUCAAAGCCGGCCUCCAGUUCCCCGUCGGCAGGAUCGGUCGUUAUCUCAAAAAGGGCCGCUACUCCCAGCGGGUCGGUUCCGGCGCUCCGGUUUACAUGGCUGCUGUGCUCGAGUACCUCGCUGCUGAGGUUUUGGAGUUGGCAGGGAACGCCGCGAGGGACAACAAGAAGAAUAGGAUAAUUCCGAGGCAUGUGCUGCUGGCGGUGAGGAACGACGAGGAGCUGGGGAAGUUGCUCGCCGGAGUUACGAUUGCGCACGGUGGAGUGCUGCCGAACAUCAACCCGGUGCUCCUGCCGAAGAAGUCGGAGAAGGCUGGGGCCGCCGAGAAGUCACCUAAAUCGCCGUCCAAGGGCGGCAAGUCUCCGAAGAAGGCUGCUGCUUAGUUUGCUUUGAUAUGACCCUUUUUUUGGGGGGGUUUUGUUCUAGAUGUUGAUUUGCUGUGGUCUUGGUUUGUAGGAUUGAAUGUUCAUAGGUAAUUGUAGUUCUAUCCUUUUAGAUAUUUGCCAUGGCUUAACAUUAUGUGGAAACAUUGUUCAAUCUUCUGUUUCUAAAUCUCAAUUUCAUCCAAUAUUUUGCAA